UUUAUCCAUUCAUUAACCCAGCACGUUAAAAUGGCGCAUAAUACGAGCGAUCACAUCGCACUUUUGUAACCGGUAAAGUCGUCGGACGACGCGCGCAAGGACUUCGUCUCAGCGGGCUUGCUGCUUGCGAGAGACCACCAACCUCACCCAUGAACCAGGAAGGGGGUCUGUGGGCACUCCUGCCGUCCAAGGUCUCCUCCCGAGAUCAAGUGACGGGGCACAAGCUCGCGCUGCUGGUCCUCGUCUCGGAGUACUGCCGUGUCAAGACCGAACGGCACCUCAAGCCCGACCAGGAACUGUGGACGCACACGACCAAGCAGUGUCGGGACUUCGCCAUCACCGCUCUCAAGCUGCUCCAGAGCCCAGACAUGAGUCUGGGCGAGCUGCUGAGCUGCCUCGACGGCGUCCUGCACCCAAACACCAUGCGGCUCUUUACCGUCAGCCUGAGGACCAUCUACGACGCCGGGGUAGCGGGCAUCAUGGACUACAUCCCGAAUCUGGACAACCUCCUCGCGGACCCCACCGCGACGCCCGCCGUUCUGCACAAGAGCAGCGUCCUUGGUCUGUUUGUUCGUCGGAUGCUUCUGGCACUUGACAAGCUCAACUUCAGCGGUUUGGUGAAGCUGCACCAGAGCUUUAGGUCGUACUACGACGCCGAGGGGAACGGAGAUUCGAAGGCGACGCAGCGGCAGGCGGAUCUGUUCCUCGCUCAGCAGGUCACGCUGAUGCAAGUCAACGAGAAGGCGGCCCUGCCGCCGCCCCAGCUCCAACAAAAGCUCCGCGAGCUCGUCGGCGGGAACCCUGCCCUCACAGAGGCGCACUACGUGUCCUUUCUCAACUGCCUCUCGGUAAAGGAGUACUUUGGCGCCGUGGAGAGCUUGCGGCAGCACUUCGACCGCACCAGCGCUCCGGACGCGAGCUCCAAGCCUGGUCCGAUGGCGACGGCGGCAUCCUCCGAAGACAGUGGCCGUAAUCUUCGCUACGCGUCCCUCCACCUCGCCAUGCUUCACGCUAAGAUGGGCCACGACGCCGAGGCCCGGGCCGCCCUGCGCGAAGCUGUGACCCUCGCGCAGGACGCCAACGACGUAGUGUUCUUACAACACGCGCUCGCCUGGCACUGCCGCCUGGACGGGGCCCGCUGUCCGGAGGCCCAACUGCGGUGCUCGGUCACCAGGGCCUCCGAAUUAGGCCUGUGCGGCAUUGCCUCGCUGGGCAUCCAGGCGCUUACAAGAGUCGGCGCCGAAGCGGGCUCGCCACCGGCAGCCGCCCUCGAGCUCUUGUCCAGGAGCGAAGUGCUCAACUUCCAGCAUCCACAGGGAGAUACCGGCAUUGGUACAGUUACGUCACAGAAGGCUGCCCUCUGGACAUUGUACGGGUUUCAGCGAAUGGCUAAUCUCCAGGCGCAGUUGCUGUUGCAGCUAGGAAGAGCCGAUCAGCUACGCACGGCCGGCGUCGUUCCAAUGGGGGAACCUGCCUGUCUGGCCUUGCGCAGUCUCGCUUGGGCGUUGACCCUUCACGGGCGAUAUAACGACUCAACCAGCCUCCUAGACUUGGCCUCAACGCUCUUCCCGGCCUACUCAGCAUGCCAGAACCUGGUCACUCUGUGCCGCCUCGAGUGCAGCUUUCACGAAGCACUCCACAAGACCCUUUGGCCUAGAGCUGAGGGGCUAGCAUCCGGAAUACGGAUACUGAACCGCUUCGAAGGGGACCUCUGCAAGGUCAAACUCCUUCUCUGGCAGGGACACCUCAACGAAGCCCUGGACCUUGUCGACACGGUUCUUGCAAUUGAGGACAUUAAGGGGACGGGUGACGGAGACAACACUAGCAAUUUUGAGGGCAGCCUUCCCCACUUUAAAGGGAGGUGUUACCUUCUCAAGGCAGAGAUUCUAAUUGAGUCGUCCCAGCCUGUGCUUGCUAUCCCAGUCCUGUGUGAGGGCCUCACCCUAGCGGAGAAGCACCAUCUGUCCUACCUGCGGGCCAGCUUAGUGGUCCUGAUGGCGGGGGUUCAGUUUGAGGUGGGGCUUCCGGGGCAUGCGUGCACUUUACUGGAAGAAGUGGUUACAGUAGUGCUGUCACAGGGGGGCCUGGUGGAUGUCGGACAGCUAUACCUGCUCCUGGCCAAGUGCCGGUUCAAGAGCGAGGGACAUGGGGGACUGGAGAGCGCUGUGCAUCUGGCCUCGUCUGCUUUGAAGUGCUACGAGACGGUAGAGUCGAAGCGAGGCAUCAGGGAGUCUGCCUAUUGGCUGGCAUUGCUGUGCGACAAAGCUGGCAUGGAGGAGAGGCGCAACGAGGCAGCCAGGACGUUUCGUAGAGUGGACGAACAGAUGGCUGAAAAACUGCUGUACGAAUUGUGAGGCUGUCUUUCUAGGUUAUCUACCUCAACCUCUCCCUUUUAGUUCAAGUUUAAGAGGUGUAUGGUCUUCCACUGUAAGCAUCAUCGCAUGAGAACAUUUUGAUUAGGGGUAAUGUUUACGAGGCUUGUAGGUCAUAGCUGUGUGGUGGACAAGUGUCCAGUGUUUGUAUCAUCAUUCCAGGUUCGUUCUUAUGUGUAGUGCCAUUGCUGUGUCGGACACCUCAAGGCGCAUCCUGAGGCAAGCUUCAGGCGGGGCAUUUUUUCUACGUUAUAAAAACUGCAAUUCGUUCGUAGGAAUUCAAAUACAGCAACAUGUUAAGGGAAAUGGCCUCAUUUGAUUGUUUACUUUAUCAAGCCAGAGCAUCUUAGAUAUCAGUUUUGGUCCAGAGAACUUUAAACGGGUUUGUUAUUGUGAGAAGAAUGCUGUUUUGUGCAGUAUCAUCUAGAAGAGCACAAAUUUCAGAUAUCUUAAUGUAAUUUCAUUUAGAUUCCUUAUGCACCGACUCACUAGAGCCCACUAAUUUAGCUGACAGCGGGCAGUUUAGCCAGUCAACAGCACAAUCAAUUGUUCCAUUUUUAGACUACUGCAUUUUCAAGACUACAGCCUGCACCCGGUGUAUAGACCCACUCAUAUUUACAAACAAACUGGAGCACCCCUAGCAGACGCCACCGGCGCCGCGCUUGCACGGUGGAGUGUGGGCAAGAAGCUUGCUGUCGCCCAUAAGCAAACCAUUGAAAUGCAAUGUUGUUGGCAUCGGUGAUUGCCCCCGUGCUCUUUUUCGCGUUGGAAUUGUUGACUCUACGUCUUCCUGGCGAUGUCCGACUACUUGAGCGGCCUUACCGAAAUUACCGAGGCUCGUUGCACCACAAAACAUUGCAUGAAUAAUGUGACGUGUGCCGAUUCAUUCCUCGUGAAAGCUGCAGAAUGGACUCUAAACUGAUUCGCAUGAUGAGAUUCCGCUUGCAAUGUUUAGUCAUGAUGUCGUUCGGGCUGCAAAAGUGUAAAACAGAGCUGAGAUGGUCGACGUCGAUACUGUAUAUCGCAAGCAGAAUCGGACCAAGUUAAUCGGGCACAACAAGUUGGUGAUGGCCACUAGUAACAAUGAUCAACAUCUCCUUGUAUCUGCUGUUUACACCGAGCCUGCUUACCCCAACCAACCUUCAAACUUAAAAGGCUUUUGAGGCCUGCACUUACUUCUUAUCGCAAUUAUCGGGCCAACGUUUAGUCUACGAGGUGGUGUCGUCUGCUCUUUCAGACGACCAGCAGAAACGUUUGAAAGAACAGGCAACAGUUUGAACGAUUAGGCGGCCGUUUGAAUUUAAAGACACAGUGAAUGUAGUGUGCAGGUGGUCCGUACAACUUGAUGGUUUUCCCGCAUUCAUGUUGGAACAACACAAAUAAAUCUGAUGACUACGAGGUUCCAUGAAUUAACCCCAAAGUGCUUCCCGCCCAAGCACUCGUGGUCCGAUGGCAUCUAGUUUUCCCUUUUCACAGCACAUCCACGUUCCCGGACAAACUGAGCACAUGAUAGCUGACCUUCAAACCUUUCUCGACUCUUUUGGUACAGCCUCAGUCACGGUGUUUUGACGAGAAGGCAGGUUUUCGUCUGGUUUCUUUCAAAACAAUGCAGGAAUGCACGUCCCACAUGGUGACUUUUGCCCACAGCUCCAGAUGCUCAAUGCACCACCACCGCGCAGUGACGUAACGGAGCUGAGUUUGUGUAUGGUCCGCAGGUUCACAAUUUAAUUGAAAAAAGAAAAGAUUUUACUUGGUUAGUCCUCACCUGGUGUGUAUUCGCACCCGGAGCAUAGUCUGCACCUGGUGCCUAGUAGUAACUGGUGCCUAAUAGUAACACCUCCCGCACUGUGGGAGGUGUUACUAUUAGUAAUGUCGCAAACUGGUCGAGUUCGCAUUCGACCAGGUUCGGCUUUUUUUAACUUCUUGUGAAAAGGUCGACGAAGGUUCGACUCGGGUUCGACUGCCAUGCGCAUGUGCGACAGGCUGGCCAGUUGGCUUCGGAUUGGAUGGUGAUGGCUAAGGAAUGAAUUAAGGGCAGCACUGAUUGGUUAUUUCAAUUAAGACUACACGAAAUAAAGUUAUUAAC